GGGUGCGGGGAGAGGAUGGGCGUCCCCACCCCGAAGCAGUUCUGCCUGGUCCUGGAGAGGCCGCUCAUCAGCUACGCCCUGCAGGCCCUGGAGAGCGUGCAUUGGAUAGAAGACGUUGUCGUGGCAGUCACUAGAGAGAACACGGAAGCAAUGGAGGCUAUCAUUCAGAGAUACCAGCAUAAGCGCGUUUCUCUGGUUGAAUCUGGAGUGACCCGCCAUCGGUCAAUUUUCAAUGGACUAAGAGCACUGGCAGAGGAUGGUCCCGACACGAAGCUUUCUAAGCCCGAAGUCGUGAUUAUCCAUGAUGCUGUGAGACCAUUUGUCGAAGAGGACGUUCUCCUGAAAGUUGUCAUAGCUGCUAAAGAACAUGGGGCAGCAGGAGCAAUUCGGCCUCUGGUAUCUACUGUCAUCAGUCCAUCUGCCGAUGGUUGCUUAGACCACUCACUAGAGCGAGCCAGAUACAAAGCUAGUGAAAUGCCACAGGCUUUUCUAUUUGAUGUGAUCUACAAAGCAUAUCAGCAGUGUAGUGACUAUGACUUGGACUUUGGAACUGAAUGUUUACAAUUGGCUCUACAAUACUGUCAAACCAAAGCCAAACUGGUAGAAGGCAGCCCAGACCUGUGGAAGGUGACCUACAAGCGAGAUCUGUAUGCGGCGGAAGCAGUUAUUAAGGAACGGAUUUCACAACAGAUUUGCAUAGUUAAGGAUGUCAAAGAAGAUGGAGAACAUGUAGGUCUUCUUGAAGAAAUGUUAAAAAAUGAAUUCAAGCAUGCAGAUGUCACAUCUAAGGCACUGGGUCCUGCUGCCGGAGAUCUUCCCCGCGUCACCUUAGAGCGCUGCUGCAGUUUUGUUUGCGUCAAUGUUAUGAACUCUGAUUUUCAUGAAACUCAGAAGUUGUUGAAGUUACUUGAAGAUAGUCAUCUUUCCAUUUUUUAUCCCCUUGUUGUUAUUUCGGUGCAUUUCCUUGCUUACAAUUCAGUAUCUUUUGGUGAGAAAAUGGAAGACCUCAGGCAAAUCAGGGAACUUGCAAAAGAAGUGAAAAAAAGAAAUAUUUUACUAUAUGGCCUUCUCAUAUGUUACCCACAGGAGGAGCUUAAGCUACAGCAGCGUGUAGGGCAAGGCGCUGCCAUUAUUGCUGCCUUAAUCAAAGAAAGAAAUCCCAGCCUCGCUGGUCAGCUUCUGGUGGCAUGAAGCGUCAGGAGAGAACAUACUAUGAUUUCUAAAGUAUUCCCGAGUACCUCUACUUUUUCCCAUCUUGUAUGCAGUAGCAUGUUCAUGGUGCCUUUUUGUCAGAGAAUAUGUGUUGAAUGCCAUACUCAGUGUAUACAAAUGGAUCCAUGUUGUAUCUGUGAGAUAAAUAAUUGCUGUUGUCUAUAUGAAAUAUAAUUCUCUGAACCAGAAAAGACUAGGUAAAUGGAAAAUAACAACCUUGGCAUGAAGAAUCUUUUCACCAAGUCUCAAAAAGUCAAAUAGAAAUAAGAAUACACGAGCAAUUCCUGCUAAAGAAUAAAAAAUUUAAUAACUUCA